AUGGCACAGGCUCGCCGCACGCCACUUGGCCUCGCCGCACAAUUCCGCGCGGUACCGCCGCCGACGAGCGAGCGCAGCCUGCACUUGCAGGAGCUGUUUGCACAGCACCGCCCUCUCUUGGAGCACCAUCUUUUACCAGCGCGCCCUCUGCGCGCAGCAGGUGCUGAUAUGCUUUGGGCCGGCCUCGAUGCGGACGCUGAGGCUGCGGCAGCUCAUCUUGGUGUUUGGCGCCACAGGGUACGCGGCAUUGACCAUGCGACGUUUGCAACUAUUCUUGAUCGUUUGGCGCCGGCCAAAGGUGCUCCACGCCUGGAACGGAUGCGCCAAGCGCGCCGCACUGCGAGUCCCGCCUCGCCGGUUGUACACUCCGAGUUUGUGCGGAUCAAGCGCCAGGAGCAGGAAGAAGAUGCGCGUGAGGAAGCGAUUGUGAAUGCAAUGGAGCGUGGCGAGGAUGUUACGCGCGCAGAGCUGCUUGGUGCCGAGGCCGAAUUGGUCGUGCUUGGCGAGCCGCACGGCUCACAAAAAGAAUGGGCGCGCGGCGUUGCGACCUAUCUUGGGACACGGACGGAGCCAUUUGUGCCUCCGGGCGCGUCAUUGUCAGGCAUGACGUAUCCUGUGUCUGAGAUCAGUGGCGAGGUAAUAGAGCUGGACCCCCAUUUGUGGCUCGCACACGCCGAAAUCCAGAAUUCAGUCAAGGCUGCGUUUGAUUGGGACGCUGUGAUGCAGCAGGUCGGCGCGCCCCGUGCUUUGCAGAUGCCGCAGUCUGUGCAGAUGGAUAGCGUGCGGCGCAAGCGCAGGAAGAAGAUGAACAAGCACAAGUACAAGAAACUGCGCAAGGCCCAGCGCGCCGAACGCCAGCGUUUGAAAAAGUAG